GCUUCCGUUACGUACAGUCCACGUAGAGUGCUCUCAAGAACGCAUCUCGCGGUUUAGCAGCGAGCAUAGUAGCUUGUAGUAGUUGAAGUCUGGAGGAAAGGCGCAAAUUUGAUUCGUAUCGAAUCUCGCGAACCGGUUACUAUAUAUAGUACAAAAAGGUACCUUUCGUGAACCAGGAUGAGAUUAUUGGCCCAGUACUGUAUUUGCAUCGCUGUUUUGUUGGUCACAGUCUCAGCAAGGUCAGCUGAGACGAAUCCAACCAGCAACAGCAUUGAUGACCAAAGUUCUAGGUCGGGUGGGGGAGGUGUCUUUGGAGACCUUCGAUACGUUUACCAAGUCUACAAGGAGUGCUCAGGAUCAGAGAUGAGCGCUUGUCUGAAAUUAAAGCUCUUAUCUGCCAUGGACAGGGUCUCGAGGAGUCUACAACUCAACAUUGUUGAGGGAAUUACUUUGGUCAAAGACGACCCUAUCUCUCACGAUGAGCCACCAAAGUCCCCUGAAGAAAUCGAGGCUCAAUUACCAAGGGCCCUUGAUGACCGUGAAGAUGCUCUGAACACCAUGAUCCUCGACAAAGUUGUUAGCUUCUUCCAAAGUCACACACUUAAGCUCAAACUUCCCAAUGUUGAAGAACUCCAGAGGAGUCUCACUGAUGAAGGCCGAGGAAAGAAAAGGAAAGGUAUGGGAGGACUGCUCGCCAUUCCCCUGCUGAUUGGAGGAACGUUGGUGCCCUUGGCGCUCGGAGCACUUGCACUUUUGGCUGGAAAAGCUUUGAUUGUGAGCAAAUUGGCGCUGGUUCUUGCUUCGAUCAUUGGUCUGAAGAAGCUGGUUUCCAGUCACGAUCACGGCCACGAGGUAGUUCAAGUCUCGGGACACGGCUCAAGCGGCUGGGCGAGGUCAAGCCAUGACCUUGCGUACAACGCCUACAAACCUUCUUCAGCUUAUGACACACACUGGGGCAAGGCACACACUUUUGCAGCUUCUCGAAUGGGCCAACACCCGUCUUAUGUACACACGAAAGACUAUGUAGGCAUGGAUGGACGGGCUGAUGGUCAAGCAAGUACGACACACGACGAACGGCACUCAAGAACCAAUAGAAUUAUCUGUGGGGUUAAGAAGUGCUCCUGCGGAAAAGUAGUAUCGAGUUGCAUCAUGUUGAAAUUCGUAGUGGUUCUCGCCCUUGCCGCGGCUGCUUUUGCGGCUCCAGCCUCCCAGGAGGUCCAUCAACCCUCUUUGUUGGAGGAAGCUGUUGACGUUUACUCUUCCUGUGCUGAUGAGGCCGACCUCACGGUGUGCCUUAAGCUCAAGGCCCUCCAUUUCGUCGACAGGGCUGUUCGUUCCGCGGAAUUCAACAUCGUCGAUGGUCUCAGGAUCAUCCAGACCGAUGAAGCUAAGAACAGUCGUGCUAAUAAUGCCAGGUCCCUCAAUGAUAUCGAAGCAUCUUUGCCCGCUGAACCUGAAGCCAGAGAAGCUGCAGUUGACAGCGCUCUUCUUGACAGAACUUCCAAGUUCCUAAGCACCCAUACCGUCGAACUAAGCCUUGCUGACGAAUCCCGAUCCCUCGAUGAAUCUCGUGGCAAGAAGAAGAAGAUCGUCAAAUCCCUGUUGCCAAUCCUCCUCCUCUUGAAAUUGAAGGCUGCAGCUCUCAUCCCCAUUGCUCUUGGAGCCCUAGCUCUCCUCGCUUUCAAGGCUCUCGUCCUCGGUAAAAUCGCUCUCGUCAUCAGUGGAGUUUUGGGACUCCAAAAAUUGUUGGCCUCCAAGCAACAGAACUACGACGUUGUAGCUCACCCAGUCCACCAUGAGGAGCACCAUGACCAUGGAUGGGCAAGAUCAGCUGGGGACCUUGCAUACAAUGCAUACAAACCAACAAACUAGAUUUAGAUAUAAUCAGAAAAAUUCCUUCUGUACAUCCUCGUACCUCCUUGCGCCAUAAGGUGGUCGAGGGAUCAUCGAGAGUAUCGUGACCAAGCUAAUGAUGGAUGUCUCCAAAAACACCCCAAUGAAGCUCUCGACUCAGGGACAGGCUAAAGGACUUUAAGUCUCUUGAUUCUUGAAUAAUGAAUCUUGAAUAUAUAACCUUGAUUCAUGAUUCCUGAUUCAGGAAACUAUAAUCCUUAUGAAGACAGUGACAGUGACUUUACAAUUUUACAACGGACAGUGUUUUACAGACGUUGGCAUUACGACAGAGACUAUGAGACUAGUUUAUGUAAGAAUUAUUUAUUUUUGACGAAGAGACUUUUCGUGGUGGGAGAUCAGACUGAAGUGGUCACGACUCUAUCAUUCGUGCAGCAUCCCUCCGGCAUCAUCGGGCCAGAUCUGAUCUAAUGGAUCUUUGUUAUUCAUGAAAUCCUUGUGAAUCACAUCCCGAACGGUUCUUAGUCAGAAGUGCACGGCUCACAGAUUUAUCCAAUGAUUAUUUAUGUCGACCAUGUCGAAUCCAUGUAACUUAUACUAUUUAUAAAUAAAUGUUAAUUUUAUAAAAAAAA